GCUGCGUGUCCCGGACGACUCCACGUGCCAAGGGAAGGAUGUGAGCACUAAAGCCAAGUGGGGUGAAAGGAUUUGGGGAGGACAAGGUGUCAGACAUGCCAAAAGAGUGUAAAAGGAACUGGUCAUGGGUAAAGUGCAAUCCGUCAUGGGUAAAGUGAGCUUGGCCAAGGCAGGGUUCAGGCAGGCAGAGGGUUCAUGUGGGUGUCUGCAAAGCCACCUGGCAGCAGCUGCCUUGCACCCUGCUUUAUUUGUGCUCAGCUGGUGCCUUCCAGAGAGAUGUGACAAAGCAGAGUGGCAUGCCUUGCGUUCCCUGUGACUGGGAAUAAGGCCGUCAUCCCUCGACACAGGAAGAGCUGCCCGGAGAACAGAGAGGUGGGAUGCAAAGCCCGGCACGUGCUGUUCCGCAUUUACCAGAUGAGCAAUCGAGGUGGCACGUGCCCUGCACACAUCUCCACCAUGAGCCAUCAGCAGGACAGAACUGGGCAGACAGAAGGGCAGGAGCCAGAGCUCCCCCUUUCCCAGAAUGCAGCUUGGACGCCCAGAGCACGGCCACUGCUCUGUGGCUGGUGUCCCCAGGUGCCAUCCCAAGGGGCUGGAGGUGCCUGUGGGGCCAUGGCCCAAGAGGGCUCUGAGCAUCCUGCACAGGCAGAUACAGACUCCUCCAGCACUCAAGGGCUCUUAUCACCCACCUGCAGCUGGGCCGAGGGAGGGGAGAUGCAGCAGACCCUGUGAUGUAAACAAGGACUGGACACUGUAGGAACAGGAGGAAAUGACAAAUUCAGGUGUUGGAUGAGGUCCCACAAGGGCUGGCAGCUUCAGGGCAUGGGAGGUCAUUGCCCAGAUGAUGGGAGGGGGAAGCUUGGUGGGGUGGUACCCAGACAGACUCCCAGGUCUGCUCUCCAGCCCCUCUGGACUGUGCCCUGCUCACUCAAACAAGCUGGAAGUGCUGGGCAAGCUCAGCCCAGCCAUGAGUGGAUGAGGGGAUCAGAGAAGUGGGAAGCAGACUGAAGACCUUCAAACCAUCUUUCCUGGAACCAACCUGCAGGCUGAGCAGUGAAUCCUGUCUCCCCUCCUGUUGACUGACUGUGGACAUGCUGGCAUCCAGGAUGCAGACAGCAGACAGUGAGACCCUGAUUGGUGAGGUGGAGGAGAUGAGUGGAAGAGCUGACGUGACUCUGGACCCAGACACCGCCAACCCUUUCCUCAUUCUGGCCAGUGACCAGCGAGGGGUGGGACGGGGGGACGAGUGGACCCUGCUGCCCAACAACCCCGAGCGGUUUGACACGGAACCGUGUGUGCUGGGCAGCCAGGGCUUCGCUGCGGGGAGACACUGCUGGGAGGUGGAGGUGGCCGAGGCAGGGGACUGGUGGGCAGUGGGAGUGGCCCAGGAGUCUGUCAGGAGGAAGGGGGUCCUCAGUUUUACGCCCCAGGAGGGGAUCUGGGCCGUGGGGCAGUGGUUUGGACAGUACCAUGCUUUCAGUGAUCCUGAGUGGACCCCACUUCACCUUACCUGCCUCCCCAGGGCCAUCCAGGUCUGCCUGGAUUUCAUAGACAAGCAGGUGACUUUUGCUGAUGCUGAGAGUGAAGCCCCAAUCUUUGCUUUCUGCCUGGCCUCGUGUGCUGGGGAGAGGCUGCGCCCGUGGCUCUGGGUGGGGAUGGACUCGUGGCUCAAGCUGUGCCCCUGACAGGGAGGGAACACGGGGGACAGGGAAGAGACUGGAAAGGUGAACGCCAUCACUUGGGUCUUGGUGCUGGGAACUGGGAGGGUCCUGCAUCCUGCUGGCUUCUCCUCAUGUGGAUCCUCUGGCCACCAAGGAGAGGACUAGCAGGUCAUGGAAGUGGAUACCACAACAGAGCCUCCUUCAUCCCCCCACCCCUCAGCUGGGACUGCAGGGACAAUAGGGAGCACAAAGGCUGGGUGCAGGGAGGAGCUUUGUGCCCGGUGGUGCCAUGGCAGGGACCAUCACUGAGUGCCAGGGCACUGCAGAGCUGCUCUGUACGAGGCCAUGGAAAAUAUAGCAGGGUCCAGCUCCUCCAAGGGUGCUGGCAUAGUGCCUCUGGCUUUUUUCAAUUAAGUUAAAAAACUCCAAACAUAGCUGGAUACUCAUGAUAACAAUUAUCUUCCCCACACAUCCAGAGCCUGUCCUUGCCUGAUGUGCACUAAGCACAUUUCUUGCAGCAGCAGAGCACUGGUAGCAGUGCAGGGGCAGCAGUAGGGGCAGCCCAGGAAGGAAAGCACAAUGCUGAGCUGUGUCUGAAAUCCACAGGAGAGGCAGGAAUCCACAAGAAUGGCCACACAUCUGCCAUUCUCUGAUAUCGCCCCAUCAAGGUCCCACCUCACAGGAUCCUGCUAAAUCGUGUCCUUAGGAGAGGAGAAAGUGGAUGUAGGUGAAGGGGGACAUUGCCUGGGUACAGGCUAGAUUUCAUCUCUGAACACUUUUCUGGUUGGACCUUCUUUACUGCCACUUCACUUGUCAUCGUUGUGGUGGCAUCUGGUCACAGGCAGCACCAUUGCUCUCGCUGCUCCACUCUGGGAGCUGCAGAGUUGCAGCACAGGGUCAAGCCCAGGUAUUGCCCCCCGAGCUCUGCCCUAAGCCUCUUCCACCGUGGUAGCAUCAAGACUGGGGAAACUCUGGGUUCUCUGCUCCCAGUGAGGCACUUCCUACUCUCCAUGGGCAGGAGCCUCUGAAACUGUCCUAGUUUUGCUUGGGAUAGAGUUAACUUUCCUCUCAGUGGUCAGCACAGUGCUGGGUUUGGGAUUUAGGGUGAGAGUAAUAUUGAUAGCAACAACCAAACCAUCAGUCACAUGAUGUUUACCCUGCCUUUUCAGUCUCUCAUGCUCUGCCAGCGAGGAGUUGCACAAGAAGCUGGGAGGGAAACACAGCCAGGACAGCUGAGCCAAACUGGCCAGAGAUAUUCCACAAGAUAAAACAUCCUGCCCAGUGUGUAAACUGGGGGAGCUGCUGGUGAGGGGCUGAUGGCUGCUGGGAGACAGGCUGGGCACAGAUCAGCAGGUGCUGAGCACCUAUAGGGGCAUCACUUGUUCCACUUGGGGUUUAUAUUUUUUCAUUACAAUUAUUAUUAUCAUUGGUAUUAUUACAUAUUACUUUAUCACAAUUAUUAAGCUGGUUUUACCUCAAAUCAAAAGUUUCUUUCCCCCCAUCCCCCUUGGAGGAUGACUGAGUGGCUGUGUGGUGUUUAGUUGUCAGCUGGGGUUACACCAUGACAGAGGUUCACAGCAGAAGGUUGGUGUAUGGAGUUGGCAGAUUGUUAGUUCUGUAUUUUUGUCCUUUGUCAUGCAAAACAUCCCAAAAGAGUUGUGCUGUGCAUUUAGGGGCACCUACCUCAAUCAAGAAGAAGAAAUUCCUUUCUGAAAGCCACCUUAGUCCCUCAGACUGGAGAAAAGUUGGGUUUUUUCAACAGACUGGUGUCUGGGAACUUCACUGGAAUUUUGUGGUUUGGAGGGAGUAAAUAUUUUGCUCUGGUUUCCUUUUUGAUGUGUCCCCCAAAAAUUAAAUUUUAAAAAAUCAGCUCUGUGGGAGCUGAGUUGCAUAACUGCA